AUGGUUUUCAACCUUCGAUGGGGCAUUCUUGCCUUUGUGAGGGACUUGCUGCGGGCCCCGACUGAAAGGGGAGUUACAGACGUCACUCACACUGUAGCCGCUGUGGCAUCCUCGUCGUCCAAGUCUUCAGCCGAUUCAUUUGUCCAGAGGCUCCAGAUUCCCGAGCCAUGUGCGACAUACGGAUCCUAUGCAGAGGCCGUCAAAGAUGCCAGCGUUCAGGUGGUUUAUAUUGCUAGCCCGCAUUCGCACCACUUUCAACAUACAAUGCUGGCACUGGAAGCCGGGAAGCAUGUUCUAUGUGAGAAGGCCUUCACAGUCAACGCAGCUCAGGCCAAAAUCCUAUGCGAAACUGCCCGGAAGAAGGGUCUUUUCCUAAUGGAAGCUGUUUGGACCCGGUACUUUCCAUUGAGCAUUGAAGUGCGACGCCUCGUGCAAACCGGAGCAAUUGGUGAGGUCCUGCGUGUGAUCUCGGACCUGAGCAUUGGAGAGGAGCCUGAGACUGCCUGGAAUGUCGACCAUCGUAUGGUAAACAAGGACCUUGCGGGUGGCGCGCUGCUUGACUUAGGAGUUUAUGCUCUUACUUGGGUCUUCCAAAUUCUUUACCACACCCUACCUACAUCUCAACGGAAAGCGCCAUCUCAGAUUGUGUCUCAUAUGUCAAAGUAUCCCCAAACCGGAGCAGACGAAGAGACGACUAUGAUCAUAACAUUUCCUACUACAACGCCGACGGCCCUUCCUAACCGAACCUCACAUGCUGUAGCAAUGACGGCGUUCCGCGUUGCUACUGACCCAGACAACCGCGGCUCUGCUGGCCCUUCUAUCCAGAUCCAGGGGACUAAGGGGCACAUCCACAUCUUCGGGCCUGCUUACCGCCCGGAGAGAUACCGCGUGGUGCCGAGUAGUGAGUCAGGAGACGCGACAACUAUCCAGGAUGUUCAUAUGCCUAUCCCUGGCGAUGCGCGCGGUAUGUUCUGGGAAGCGGAUGAAGUCGCUCGCUGUGUGCGCGAGGGGAAACUUGAAAGCGAGACUCUGCCUUGGGAUGAGAGUAUCACGAUUAUGGACGUGAUGGAUGAAGUUCGGCAGCAGGGAGGGCUGAUGUAUCCGGAGAGCAUCGAAUCGACAACUUACCCGUUGCCUCUUUGA